UUUAUAGAGUGUGCUCUGCUUUUGUUCAAGCGCGAAAUCUUCAAUUCUUCUCUCAACUGUUGUUCAAAUUCUUCUUAUCUUUCUUUAAUUUGCUUCAGAGGUUGUUUACAAAGAUGAGUGUGGAAGUGUUGGAUGGUGCAACUAUUCGCAAUUUCGUGGAGGACGAGCAAGCAUUUGAAGGCUCUGUCCACGACCGUUUCGCUCGCCUCGACACUAAUAAGGAUGGUCGCCUCUCCUACGCUGAAUUGAUGAAGGAGCUUCAAAGUCUUAGGGUAUUCGAGACCCACUUCGGCGUGGAUGUCAAGACGGAUCCCAGUGAGCUUUCACUUACUUAUAACUCCCUCUUUCAUCAGUUUGAUCAUGACUCCAAUGGGUCCGUGGAUCUGGAGGAGUUCAAGGCGGAGAUUAGAAAAAUGAUGCUCGCCAUGGCCAACGGUCUGGGAUUCCUGCCUAUACAGAUGGUUUUAGAAGAGGGCAGCUUCUUAAAAGAAGCAGUCGAACGAGAAUCCUCCAAGUCAUCUGCUUAAUUAAUUCUCUGCUAGCCUCUUCUUCAAGGCACAGUAUUAUCGCGUGCAUAUAUAUCUAUUCCCAUUUCCCAACUAGGAGUCGUGUGUGUACUAUAACUCGAAUAAAAGCUAUAAAAAAAGAUUGUCAUCACCAUCUGUUUGACGUUGUAGAACAGGGUAUGACAAUUCAAAUUUUGUAAUGGGUUGUUGUAGUAUGAUAUUUCAGUUGUUCUAACUCACUGUACGAGGCGUCUCUGCUGGCUAAUGUCUCAAAUUUUCAGAACCUAACCAUUGUAAAACUAUUGAUGAGGAUUCAAAUGUCAACUAGAUUGAUCUUUCA